GACUUCACCAUGACACUUUAUCUGAGGCACUACUGGAAAGAUGAGAGGCUGUCCUUCCCCAGCACCAACAACCAAAGCAUGACCUUUGAUGGAAGGCUGGUGAAGAAGAUCUGGGUCCCUGACAUGUUCUUUGUCCACUCCAAGCGUUCCUUCAUUCAUGACACCACCACAGACAACGUCAUGCUGCGGGUCCAGCCAGAUGGGAAGGUACUUUAUAGCCUCAGAGUUACAGUAACGGCAAUGUGCAACAUGGAUUUUAGUCGCUUUCCCCUGGACACACAGACAUGUUCCCUGGAGAUUGAAAGCUAUGCCUACACUGAAGAUGACCUCAUGCUCUACUGGAAGAAUGGGAACGAUUCCCUAAAGACAGAUGAGAGGAUAUCACUCUCCCAGUUCCUGAUCCAGGAGUUUCACACCACCACAAAGCUCGCCUUUUACAGCAGCACAGGCUGGUACAAUCGCCUCUACAUAAACUUCACUUUACGCCGCCACAUCUUCUUCUUCUUGCUCCAAACCUACUUCCCCGCCACCCUCAUGGUCAUUUUGUCCUGGGUGUCUUUCUGGAUCGAUCGUCGAGCAGUUCCUGCCAGAGUCCCUUUAGGGAUAACCACUGUGCUGACCAUGUCCACGAUCAUCACUGGGGUGAACGCCUCCAUGCCCCGUGUUUCCUACAUCAAAGCAGUGGACAUUUACCUGUGGGUCAGUUUUGUGUUUGUCUUCCUCUCGGUACUGGAAUACGCAGCAGUGAAUUACCUGACUACGGUGCAAGAGCGGAAGGAGAGGAAACUUCGGGACAAGCUUCCCUGCGCCUGCAGCCUGCCUCAGCCUCGGCCCAUGAUGAUGGACGGCAGUUACAACGAUGGGGAUGUGAACGAGCUGGGGCACUACGUGUCUGAGAACGGAGACAAACAAGACCGAAUGAUGGUGCAGCUGGCGCUGGGCUCUGAGAGGGGCUCAGGCAGGAGGAAAAACCAGAGAUACGUCAGCAUGCGGAUCGACACUCAUGCCAUCGACAAGUACUCCAGGAUAAUAUUCCCUGGUGCAUACAUUCUAUUUAAUUUGAUAUACUGGUCGAUUUUUUCAUAA